AUGGUAUGGUUUAGUAAUCGACGAGCUCGUUGGCGUAAACAAAUCAAUUUCACUUGUCAAAAUACACUAGACUUAGCGAAUACACCAUGGCAUUUAUUAAAUAAACAACAAAAAUCUGAAACAUUCACAUUGAACAAUGAUAAAAUCCAACAACAACAACAAGUCCUUCCUCCUUUAUCUUCAUUGAAUAAUAGUAAUAUAUAUCCUACAUAUGUUCAAUCAUCAAUUGAUCAAUUGAACAAUGAACAGUUGAAAGAUAUUGGAUGUAAAUCAAUAAAUUUAACUACAACAACUACAACAACAACAACUACUACUACUACACAAGAAGUUAAAAAUUACGAUAAAAUACAAUCUUCUUCUUCAUGUUUAGAGAAUAAAAUAUUGAAUGAUUAUUAUAAUGCAUUGUUAAAACUUUAUCAUACUAAACAAAUAAGUUCAAAUGAGUUGUUAUUCGAUCCAUUUCAAUCGAAUUAUGAUCAGUUAAAAUCAUCUUUAAAAGAUACUCAACGAAUAUUGUGUAAAUCUGAAGAGAAUUCUGAAUGUUUGUCAAAUACUGAUUUUACCGCUCAAAACAAAUUUAUAAAUUACAACAGUAAAACAAUAUUAAACAAACCAUCUAGUUCAACUAUGACUGAUAAUCAAUAUACAACUGAAAAGUUAAAACAACAACUACACAAUGAUGAUACUUUAACAACCAUGUCAUGUCCAUUGAAAAUUGAUCAUAACGCGGAUACAAAUGAACCAAUUGAACCAGAUUCUACAAUGGAUUAUCAAAAAUCCCCUGUUGAAUUUAAAUCAAUCGAUUGA